CGAAAGGCAGGACAGUAAAAAAAAAAGAAAAAAAAAUUACGAAAUCUUGUUACUUCGAGUUAACCAUUUCUUCAAUUCUUAGUGUUUUCCAAGAGCAGAAAAAAUCAAGACCAUAUAUUCACAGAAGAAUAAACUAAUUGGUUCUAAUUGGUGCAGCCAAGGGUUGAAAGGAGCUGGUGGCUAGUCAAAGGGGUGACUGCGGGGGACGAGCUGGCCACGAGAUAAAUUGCUUGUGAGGUUUCGACGAAACUGGAAGAGGAUUUAGCUAACUUUCGCGUGGCAUUUGGCACUAAAAUAUAUAUAUAUAUCUUUCAUCAUAUAUAUAUACACUUAACUGAAUGCAACAAAAAAUUAUUGUAAUAAUAAAAUCAUGAGAUUUUUAUUAUUUUGGACAAUACUCUACAUCGUGACGUUAUCCAAUGACACUGAAGGAAAUGCAAGGAGUAAAAGGGUCCUUGCAUUUAGGAAGGGUAGCACGUUUUUCUAUCGUAUGAACUACAAAAUCAAUUCCUUUGCCUAUACAACGAUUUUCGCACAAGCGACUGGCUUCAAAGUUGUUUGGAAACUUCCCGAAGGUCCAGGAUUUAGAAAACACAGAUCCAUUCGCGAUAUUCAUGAAAACGCAAAGCUCAUGUACGAAAGCCACGGUUUGAAUGGACAGGCAUGUUUGAUGAAAAACAUGUGUGAAACAAUGGAAUUUAUUGAAAGACAAGACGGAGUUGUUGCAAAAAUAUUAAAAUUAUUGUUAUGGUCCUCUACUGAAAAUGGAACGAUGAAUGCGAAUCCACUCACAUGCGGUCAUUAUGCCAAUCAGUGUCCGUUACAGUUUAUUGGAUUUAAUGAUUUUUACCAAUAUCGACGAUAGAAACGAUUUGAUUCUGUAAACAUAAGGAUAAAAUCAAGUUAUAUAUGAAUCAUAAAUCGAAUAUUAGAUUCUAUGUUUGACAAUUUUGCGUAAAUCAAUAUGUUGAAAAAUUAUCCAUGUAAUUUCAGUCCAUCAAAAUUCAAUUAUUUCGUUAGCAAAAUAAUUUGCCCACGCUUAAAUAUAUUUGUUACAAUUACACAAUAGUUAUUUGCAUUUGCUAAUUUUGGCAACAACAAAAUUUAAUUCAUUGAAUUAUUUAUUUUCUAAUUUUUCUUACUAUCAUGAUAUAAUUAUUUUUAAUAUUAUAAAAUAAUGAGAUAAAAAUAAAUUAAAAAAAAGUCGGUUAAAACAUUUUUAAAGAGUGCAAUCAUGUGGAAUUUGAAAUGAAAUUUACGCAAAGAGGCAGUAAAGAAAUAUUCAAAGGAUGAAGAAUCAGACGUGUAAGUGUCUGGGAGAAAGAAAUAUACAGCGUAUCGUUUACGUCGGUAAACAAAGUAACGAAGAGGAAUAAAGGUGGAAAGUUAUUAACGUUGUGAGGAGCGACACGUUUCUCGCGUUUCCACUAUCAAUUUAUCUCCGUAACGGUGAGCAUGGAAAAAUGUUUGUAGCUUCUAUUGGUGAUUUUUUUUACACUUUCCUUUACUACGCUAUUUUCACCGUCUCCCUCUCUUUCUCUCUCUCUCUCUCUCUCUUUUAUUACAUUCCACGACAGGAUGGUUAUAAUUGCAUCUCCGUGGUUUUGCGCCGGAGCACAUUAACUAAAGGCGCUAAUUUAAACUUUUCCGCGGUUUCCGCCAAGUCAUCAUACACAAUUACACGGAUUGCUGAGGAA